AUGGGUGGUGCCGGGAAGACUGCCAUUGUCAGAAAAGUAUACAAUCACCAUAGGACGAAGAAUUUCUUUGAAUCCUUCGCAUGGGUUUGCGUUUCUCAAGAAUGCCAGAUCAGGUCGAUUUUGGAGGAUGUGUUGAAGCAGCUUAAAAAGAGUCCACAUCAGAAUAGCUCGAAUUUAACUGACACGGAGUUAUUGGGGCAACUGCGUGACAUCCAGCGGGCUAAAAAGUGCAUGGUUGUGAUUGAUGAUAUUUGGAAAACUGAACAUUGGGAUGGUCUUAAUCAUGCUCUCAAUUUUGAGGGUACAAAAACCAAGAUCUUAUUGACUACACGGAAACAAAACAUUGCAAACAUUGGAUUUGCGAUCAAAACUGACCUCCUCAAUGACAAUGACGGUUGGGAACUACUUAAGAGAAAAGCAUUGCCACACAGAAAUAUUCAAGAUUUCCGAUUUGAAGAAACUUUACUAGAGAAAAUUGGGAAAGAAAUGUAUAAGGAGGACGAAGACAUAGAUGCGAUUGAUAUUUGUUUGAUGUGGAUCGCACAAGGCAUGAUUUUGCAUGAGAAUCACUCGGACAAAGACAACUUGAUGGACAUAGCACAAGACUACUUGAGUGAGUUGGCCUCUAGGUCUGUUGUGGAAAUUAUCCGUGAUGAUCCCAUUCGAGGACAAAGGACUAGAUCGUGUAAACUUCACAAGGUCAUGAGACAACUAUGUCUAUCAGUAGCAAAAGAAAAAGAAGACUUUGGUUUGCGAAAUUUGGUCUAUGAGGGUGGAACAUUUAGUAGUUUCUGGCAUAACAGCUUGACAUGUGCCAAAAUGCGUCAUUCGAUUGUGAAUUUGAAAAAAAGCAAUAGACUGAGUUUGGAGGGUCUUGAGCAGCUGGAGACACUAAUUGGGUUCAACAGUUUCGUGCACCAACUCGAAUCCCCGGCCCAAAUGACAAACCUCAGACAUUUUGAAGGCACAGUCCACGACAACCAAAGCUUGUCAAAUAUCAUUCAUGCCUUUUGUACAAGCUGGAAGGAUUGUAGAUGUGGUGGACUUAAAAUCAAGCAAGGUUGCCAUAUUUCAUCAGAGGAAGAUUUGAUGAUUUUCAAGAAAUUGUUCAAUCUUCACAAUUUGUAUAUAUUUGUUCGGAUAGAAAAACUGUUCAAGGAGUUGGAAAACCAAGUGUAUACCUCAAAUUUGAUGUGCUUAUUCUUGUCCGAGAGUGAAAUUAUUGAGGAUCCAAUGGAGACACUGGGAAAACUUCCCCUUUUACUAGAUUUGUUGAUAACUGAUAGGUGCUUUUUGGGGGAAAAAAUAACAUGUUAUGCGUCUUUGUUUCCUCGUCUCAAGAAUCUUGGAAUAAACGACUUACCGAACCUAAGGGAAUGGAAAGUGGAGAAAGGAGCCAUGCCCCUCGUUUCUAAGAUGGGUAUCCAUCACUGCCCUCGCUUGGAGAUGGUUCCAGAUGGAUUCAAAUUCCUUGAUGCUUUGACAGAUCUGCACCUUUGCGGAAUGCCUGAAUUAGGAGAACGAAUUAGUGAAGAAGGAGGUGAGGAUUUCCACAAAGUUCGACAUGUUCGUUCGAUUGUGGUCAGAGAUUGA